AGGCGACAGCAGCCACGGGCUUUUUCGCGGUGUGUAACGGAAUCGUUGCCUGGCCCGUACCUCGCCAUGGCCGACGCUGACAAAGGAGACCGCUUACCAGCAGCGGAGCGCAAGCGUCUGAAGAAGGAGGCAGAGGCCAAAGCCAGAGCUGAAGAGAAAGCAAGAAAAAAUGCCGAAAAGCAGGAGCAGGCACAAACUUCGGGAAAGGUUGCUGAAGAGAAAUUAGAGGAUCUUGAUCCUUCAAAGUACCGAGAAAAUCGCAUGGCUGCAUUGAAAAAGCUGAAAGACCCAUACCCCCACAAAUGGGACGUGAACAUAUCCAUCCCAUAUCUCAUCGAGAAGUACAAAGAUAUCGAGGCUGGAGCGCACCUUGACUCUGAGAUUGUAUGCGUAGCGGGCCGUGUGAAAAAUAAGAGGAGAUCUGGCGCAAAGCUGAUGUUCUACGACCUCUUUGCUGAUGGAGCCCGUGUGCAAAUCAUGUGCCAGGCCCAGCACCAUGAAGAUGGCGAUUUUGAGGAGGAGCAUGCCAAGAUUAAUCGUGGUGACAUUAUGGGCGUUCGGGGGUUCGUAGGCAAGUCGAACAACGGCGAGCUCUCGGUUUUCCCGAAGUCUGUGAAGCUUUUGGCAACGUGCCUUCAUAUGCUGCCAAGAGACCACCAAGGACUGAAGGACCAAGAAGUGCGGUACCGCCGACGUUACUUGGAUCUCAUGUUGAAUGAGGAUGUCAGGCGCACCUUUUACAUCAGAUCCAAGAUCGUGAAUUUCAUCCGACACUUUCUCGAUAGUCGUGGCUUCCUCGAAGUGGAAACACCAAUGAUGAACAUGAUUGCUGGUGGAGCUACAGCAAAGCCCUUCAUCACGCAUCACAAUGAGCUUGAUUUGGACCUCUACAUGCGUGUGGCUCCAGAGCUCUACUUGAAGAUGCUCGUCAUUGGUGGUCUGGACCGGGUUUUUGAGAUCGGCCGCAACUUUCGAAACGAAGGCAUUGACUUGACGCACAAUCCUGAAUUCACGGCAUGUGAGUUCUACAUGGCAUACGCAGAUUACAAUGACCUCAUGGACAUGACAGAAGAACUUUUCAGUGCCAUGGUUCUGAGCAUCAAGGGUAGCUACAAGAUCGAAUACCACCCAGCAGGUCCUGAAGGCCCACCAGUCGAGAUAGACUUUACACCGCCAUGGCCUCGCAUUUCUAUGGUUGAAGAAAUUGAAAAGAAGAGCGGCAUCAAAGUGGGGCGAAACUUUGAGGACCCAGAGACGAUCAAGAAGCUUGAUGACCUCGUCACCAAGUUGGAGUUGGAGUGCCCACCCCCACGUUCAGCAGCGCGCUUGCUUGACAAGCUUUGUGGCCAUUACAUUGAGGAUCACAUUGUGAAUCCUAGCUUCAUUACGGAGCACCCCCAAGUGAUGAGCCCCUUGGCAAAAUGGCAUAGAAGCAAGACUGGCCUGACUGAGCGCUUCGAGCUCUUUGUCAACACGAAGGAGAUUUGCAAUGCAUAUACUGAGCUGAACGAUCCUGAGAGGCAGAUGGCAUGCUUCCAGGGAGUGGCAAAAGCCGCCGCAGAAGGGGACGACGAAGCACAAGGUGUUGUCGACCAUGAAUUUGUGACUGCUCUUGAGCAUGGACUGCCUCCGACGGGAGGUUGGGGAUGUGGAGUGGACCGCUUGACUAUGUUCCUUGCCGACAAGAACAACAUCAAAGAAGUCAUUCUGUUCCCAGCCAUGAAGCCGCAAUGAGCAGACCCGGUCAUAGCUUGCUCGUCAGCGGGGCUGCCAGAAGCCUGACGACAAAACGGACAGACCUCUUGAAGGAACAUCAAUUGACCCGCUCAAAA